UAAAUAUGUACAUUCAAAAAUAUCACAUGACUAAUUGGAAUAUAAACCAAUUUAAAUAAGUUGUGGCUAGUUAUCGAUUUUAUGCUGUAAAGGAAAGUUAAUAAAAAAAAUAAACUACAAUGGUUACAGAAAAUGAAAGAUUUGCUUUUGUUGUGACACAUGUAGAAGCAGAGGGUAAGCUACUAAAAAUAUGGGCACAAACUGAUGAAAGACUUGUUCAGACAAUUACAUCAGUUUUGGCAACUUUAAUAAACAAAAUUGAUUAUCAUGCGCCUGACAAUAUUCUUAUGUCCGAUAAUAUUAUGUCCCAUACUUUUUGCUGUGCAUUAGGAAUUAACAAUGACUUUUGUAGAGUGAAACUUUAUAGUCUACAAUUAGAAGAUUUAAUUUUAGUUAAAUUUCUUGACUAUGGAAAUGUUACUUAUGUUCCUAUUCAGAAUAUUCGUUCAUUGGAUAAGUAUCCAGAAGCCAAAGCCUUAUUUUUAUUACCUGAAGCAGCUUCUGUUUUUGUAUUAGCAGAUGUAUUACCUAUUGGAUGUUCUUGGUUAGAUGAUGUUGUUACACAUAUUCGUUCAAUUCUAGUUAAUAAUAAAUAUUAUGGAGUUUAUCAAAAUGUUCAAAAUUUCAGAAUGCUCAAGUUUACUAUAAUGGAAAAUAAUUUUAGUCAAAUUUUAAUAAAUCGAAAUAUGGCAGUAUACAGUCCAUGUAAUUUACAAAUUUCACAAUUAACUACAUUGCCAGCAGCGUCUGUUUGUACACCUCAGUCAACAAGCAAAACACUACAGAAUAAUUGGAGAAUAUCUGCAUCUCAAAAUGCUGUAUCUAUUCAGAAAGUAGUCAAAUCAAACUCUUUUAAAGCCAUUCAAUUAGAAAUAGGCUCUGUACAUGAUGUACAAAUCUCUUAUGUAGAUGAAGGCCCCAACAAAUUUUCAAUACAAUUAAUUGAAUCGAUACCGUAUUUGAAUACCAUGAUGGAAAAAAUUAACUCACAAUCUCAUCUGUAUUUACAAGAAUCACCAAUUGCAGGACAAGUAUGUUUAGGCAAGCAAACAAGUCUUAAUAGGCUUUGUAGAAUUGUUUUAAAUUCUCCUGGUGAUACUUCAUGCAAGGUUUAUUAUGCUGAUUAUGGACAUCAUGAAGUUUUAUCUUUUUCUGACAUUUACCAAAUACCAGAUGAAUUUGUCAUACCCAAUAUAUUUUCUAUAAGAUUUACUUUAAGUGGAAUUAUGAAUUGGGUUGUUAAUAAUGAAAUGAAAGACUAUUUUAGAGAUUUAGUUUAUAAUAAAAAGUUAAAACUUAGAGUUUGUCAAGGACCAAUGUCACCAUUAACUCAGUACUGUGAAUUAUUUUUAAAUGGUAAAAACUUAAAAGACACAUUAAGUGAAACUUUUCCAGAGUUAUGUCAAUUAAUUUAUUCUGAACCAAGGCAUAUGAAAAAUGGAACGAGAGAAGUUGUUUUUGUAACUCAUGUUGAAUCAAUUGUACAAUUUUUCAUUCAAAUAGAAAGUGAUAGAAAAUUAUUAGAAGAAGUUAUGAAAAAAAUUGAGAAAGUUUCUAAAACGGCUGCAAAAUUAACUUUAGCUGAAACAUAUCCUGAUAUGCCUUGCAUAGCACUUUAUGAAGCUGAUCAAAACUGGUAUAGAGCAUCUGUUAUUGAUAAAGUAGAUAAUGAAAGUGUACAUGUAUUUUAUGUUGAUUAUGGAAAUCAAGAAGUUAUAUCUAUCAAUAACAUACGAGUCAUACCUUUUGAAUUAAUUAAGGCACUUCCAAAACAAGCUAUUAAAUGUAGUUUAAACAGAUUCCAAUCGGGAGCCAUAGAUAAAGAUCUUAUUAUGAAUUUUGAAAGUUUGGUCCUUGAAGAACGAUUAAUUUUAAUAGUUCUGAAUAAUCAUCAGAACACUGUUAUAGUAGAUUUAUUUGAUGAGAAAAAUUUAUCUGAUUCAGUGAGAAUAGAUAUUGCAGAAAAGCUUCUUGAAACUUCUAAGCAGAAAAAUAUUAUUUCUUACGAUAAAUUAAAUAAAAUAAAUGUAGAAUCACCUUCAAAGGCAAUUAAAAAUAAAAACAUAAAAAUAUGUGAUAAUUAUACUAGUAAUUUGGAGAAAGGUAGUCGAGAAUACACUCAUAAUAAUAAUUUCGAAAGUCACGCUAAUUCAAAGGCUAAAUUUCACAAAGAUAAUGAAAUUGAACGAUUUGACAACAGAUAUAAACGAGGUAUUUCUGAUUAUAUGAAUGGUGCCCAAAAUAAUCGAUUUAAUAAAGACGGAAGUAAAACAGAUAGAUUUAUACAAAAUAAUAGAUUUUGCAAAAACAAUUUAAUUGGAUCAACUGGAUCAAAAGAUUAUUCAAGCAAUGAUCGUAUCAACAGAAGUUCUACUCAUAAUAACAGUUUCAACUCCAACGACUUCCAUAGCAGAACAAUUAAAGAAAAUCGAACUACUUUAAGUUCACGUUUGGAACGAUAUUCUGGUUCAGAAAAAAGUAGUAAUAAGGAAUUUGAUACUUCAUUACGCAAUAAUGGAAAACGAAGCAAUCGUAUUCAGAGGCAAAGUAGCGAGGAUUAUCGAAAACAUGAUGGGUUAAUAAAUAAUCGAAGUAUAACUGGACGUUGUGAAACUGAUGAUCAAGCAAGUAAUUUGUACAGUAAAAAUAUUAACAGUGAUGUAAAUACAACUUCUACUAAAUCAUUUAAGAAUAAUGCUUCUGGGUCAAAUAAGUCAAGGAAUGAAAAUCAGGAAACGGAGGAAAAAAUUUCAACCACUAACAAGAAGAUAUCAAAAUAUCUUUCAUCAACACCAAUUCUUAAAAUUCCACCACCUAAUAUUACUGUUGGAGCUAUAAAAAACUGCACAAUGGUUUAUUAUAAUAAUCCAGUAAGCUUCUAUGUACAACUGUGUCCAGAUAAUGAGGAAUUAAAUUUAAUUAUGAAUAAAAUAUUUCUCACUUUAAAAAGUGGAGGCAAGGCUUCAGGGGAACACAACAUAAAAACAGGUUUGCAAUGCAUAGCUCAGUACUCUGGUGAUGAACAAUGGUACAGGGCAAUUGUUGGUAAUGUUAAAGCUCACGAAGCCACAGUUCAAUUUAUUGAUUAUGGAAAUAUGGAAGACGUUAGUUUUACUAAAAUUAAAGAAAUAGAACCAGAAUUUUUAAAACUUCCUGCUCAAGCUGUACAUUGUAAAUUAUUUUGCCCUUCAAAAAUAGAGUGGUCUGUAAAAGAAUCAGAAUUGUUGUCUAAUACAAUAGAUGAUAAGCUUCUAGAGGCUGAAUUUGUCAGUAAAGAAAAUGGAGUUUAUAAUAUUUUGAUAAAAGAAGUGUCAUCCAGUAAUAUGAAAUCAACAAAAUAUAUCAAUGAUUUAUUUGCUAAUGGUAUAGAUUUAAUUAAGGAGAAAGAGACUAUACGUAAUAAAAUAAGAGAAAUUAUUAAAGAUGAACAAUCAGUUCUUCCUGAUUAUGCAUCACUGAAUGAAAAGUGGUUAGAAAAUAAACUUGAUCCAAAAACUAAAUACAACGUACAUCUUACUUGGUUCAUAAAUCCCGAAAGUUUUUAUUGCCAACUUGUAAAUCAACAAAAUAUUUUUCGUGAUAUGAUGAAUGAAAUUCAAACAACAUACAUAAACCAUCAACCCAUAUCUGAACAACUUAAAAUUGGCGAUUCGGUUAUAGCAAUUCUUCCUGAUGAUGGGAUACUUUAUAGAGCUGAAAUAGUGGAAUUACAUAAGCCUUCAGGAUACAUAGUUCAAUAUGUAGAUUAUGGAGAUCAAGCUGUAGUUGAUCCACAAAAUGUUUAUGCAGUAGAAAAAAAAUUUAUGCAAUUACCAAAACAAGCGAUUUUUUGUAGUCUUAAAAAUAUUACACCUGUAACCGGAUCUAAUUGGGAUAAUUUUACGGAAUUGAACGAGUUUUUUAAUACAGAAAAAUUCGAGUGUAUUUUUCAUGAGUCUAAAAAUGGCAAAUAUUUGAUUUCAUUAAACAAUAAUGGCAGUGACGUUAGUAGAACAAUAGUAGAUAAAAAUCUAGCUAUAUUUUCUAAUAUAACUGAAAACAAUACUUUAAUAGAAAAUUCAAUUGAAAAUAAAGAAGAUAUACCUAGAAUGGAUAUAAAUUUACUUGAAGGACAAGCUUUACAUGUAAAGGUAUCAAGUGUAGAAAAUAUUGGUAAAUUUUAUGUUCAGUUCUAUUCAGCAGAAGCUUGUCAAAUAAAAGUAGAUACAUUUAUGGCUACAAAGAAUCCACAGGUGAUUCCACGACUCUCUUGUCAUGAAGUAUGUCUUGGCUCUGGUUGCCUAGUUAACUGUAGAGGGAAAUGGAGACGAGGCGUAGUUGUAAAAUUUACGAAAGCAAAUUGUGAAGUAAGAUUCAUAGAUACUGGAGAACUCGAGCAAAUUUCAUUUGAAAGUAUGCUAGGAUUACCAGUGCAGCUCUCAGUAAUGCAGAAUCAGGCAAUUGAAUGUGCUCUUUUUGACAUGCCCUUUUCAAUAGCAGCCAAUGAAACAUUAAAGAAAGCCAUCACAGGAAAAGAUAUUAAAAUUUUUGUUGAAACAAUUGAAUGCAACAGACUUGUAGUUCAGUUGUUUGACACAAAUGGAAAUAAGAUAAACAUCAUCGAGAGUAAAAAUACUGAAAUAAUAAGUCCGAUAUGUAAUAUGCAAAUUUUAAGUUCUACGCACGAUGUUAUUAUUACGUGGAUCAACAAUUCUACCAGUGUCUGGUUACAACGAAUAUCUGAAAAGGUGUUGCUAAAUCAACUUCUUGAAGAGCUGGGAAAUUAUUAUUCGAAGAUAGAGGAGCAUGUUGCGGUCUUCGAGAAUCAAGUGUAUGCAGCAUUAAGUGAUGAUGGAAUUUGGUAUCGAAUUAAAGUAAAGAAAGUAAAUGAAAUUAAAUGUACAGUAAUGUUCAUAGAUUUUGGAAUCAUUAAAGAGAUUCCUAUAAAAAAUAUACGAACACUAGAAUCUCGAUUCUACACGCCUCAUCAACUUAGUGUUGAGGUGUCACUAACUGUUAAUUUAGGAGGUAGCGAUAAAGUUGAAAGAGAGGCCCUCGAACCACUCUUAACGGGCAAAAUAUUUUCAGCAACAUUCUAUAAUGUCAAUCGAAAAUGGAUUACUGAACUGACAGAGAAUGGUGAAAAAAUCAGUGGAAAACUGGACAUCAUUCAAAAAAUGAUUAAAAGUGAAUUUGUGUACACAAAACCGAUGACGAUGUUUGUAGGUGAAAAAUACGAGGUGGUUGUUUCGCACAUCAGCAGUCCGAAUGAGAUAUGGAUUCAGAGAAUUGAGCAGGUAAACAAUAUCGCAAAAUUACAAAAUCAGCUUCAGCAGGUAUCCUCGCCAUUACUUGAUUCCAACGUUGUGCCUGCAGUUAAGUCACUUUGUCUUGCAAUGUACUCGCUUGAUAACCAGUGGUAUAGAGCCGAAGUUCUUGACGCAGACACUGAGAUAACGACUGUUCGUUUCAUCGACUACGGAAGCGUCGAUGUAAUAGACAACAAUUUGGCACGCCUCAAGCAAUUGCCAGAUAAGUGGAAAGCCAUUGACGGAUACGCAAUUUCAACAAGACUUGAUAUCCUGCCGUCAACAGCCGACGAUUGGUCCAAAGAGGCUUGCAAACGCUUUACUGAUCUUAUUAACGCUCAGAAAACCGUACAGGCAUUAAUUAUUGCCAAUAAGACGACAAUACGUAUCGAUCUGUUCGUUUCUGAACAAAGCAUAUGUCAAAUACUUGUUGAUGAAAAACAUGCUAUCUUCUUUAAUUGUUCCGAAGAAUUUGAAUUUGAUAUGAUUGAAGAGAUUGAACUAGAUCCCCGAUCUGCAUAUGUCAGUAACAUUGUUUCAGUGGAUAUGUUCUGGAUGCAAGAAGAUAAAUAUAUUAAUGAAUUAGAAAUGAUGCAGGAUAGAUUAUUAAUGGCUCCUAUUCUUCAGCCUCUAACUGAAAUUAAAGAGGGGUGUAUUUGUAUCGCUCAUUUUCCCGACGAUGGUUAUUACUAUAGAGCAAUCGUGUUAUCUCAAAACGAAGAAGGAACAAGAGUACGUUAUAUAGAUUAUGGUAAUUCUGCUUUGACGACAGAUCUAAGAGUGAUUCCGGAAGACUUGAUAGAAAUUCAACCACUAUCUAGAAAGUGUCGCUUGGCUAAACCCGAUGGAAUCGAUUGCUGGCCCGACGGCGUCAAUAAUGUAUUCACUAAGUUAGCUGAUGAAGGCUCGAUCAUUUUUCUUUUGGAUGUUAUUGAGGAUGGUGAAAUUAGCCUUGUCAAAUUGACCUACAAUUGUAAAGACGUAGCCUCGGAGCUUUUGGACCUUUGUGCAAAAACACAUCAAAUAUACAAAGAAGACAAUCCUAAUAAAGAAAUUGCAACAAUUUUAACAGAAGAACCGUCUUUUCCAAUUGAUAAGGAAAAAAUUUCAAAUAUAGACAUAUGUACAGUAUGCUUUGUCAGCUCACUGUCGGAAUUUUGGAUUCAUAAAAAGAGUGAUUAUUUAUACUUGGAUGAUAUUAUGAAUGAAUUAUUGGUUGCUGAAAACUUCGAUUUAGUAAAGGAAAUCAAAGAAGGUAUAAUAUUAGCGGCCAAAUUCGAUGAAGAUGGUCAGUGGUACAGAUCUAAAGUAUUGUCACAUGGUGAAAAUGGGACCGAAGUUUUCUACAUUGAUUAUGGUAAUACAGCAGUAACUGACUCACAAUCAAGUUUACGCGAACUACCCCACAAUCUUGCGCAAAUUCGACCUUUAGCAACUUGCUGUUCAUUAAAAAUGCCCGAAGAUCUUGAAAAAUGGCCUAAAACAGCAUGCGAAAAAUUUAUGAACUUGAUGGAGGAUGUAACUGUUGAAUAUCGAUUUGAAAUCUUUAAUAAGAAUAAACGAUUAGACCUUGAGUCACCCAUACAAUUAUCGCUCAUCUAUCAAGAUCAAAAUAUUAUUGAUAUUUUAUUAAAUGAUGAAAAAGCAGUAAAGACUGAGCAGUUAGACAUGUAAUGAUUACAAAAAUUAAAACAAUAUUUUUAUUGACGAUAGUACUAUUAAAACUGAUAUCAAAUAUUACAUUGUAAAAAUUCGAGAAUAAAGUCUUUUUUAGCAACAAUAAAACUGAAAUUAAGAUAAGCAGUAAAAAUUACAAAAUUCAAAAAAAUUAUUUAAA